CUCGACAAGAGCUCCCGGAAUCCGAGUUGAAAGAGAUUGAUCACCGUAUUUGGAUUACAUACCGCCGGGAAAAUACUCCGACGAUAAGCUGGUAUCCAUCCUUGCUCAUUCGGUUUUUCAGGAGCGUAACAUCGCCUCAGAGGAAAUCGACGGAAGAAGAAAAAAAUCAGGGGAUCGUAGAUAUUCUCCAGAAAUGAGCGUCGCCGGAGAGUGAAAACAGAAGGGGAUCAGAAAUUCGAACAGAAACGAAAUAUAUUAGAGACGGUGGUAGCAACGCCGCCAUGAUGCCACUUAAUAAAAACUCCGCCUUCAUCUUCUUCGGCGUCUUUCUCCUCAUCGGCGCGUACAUAACCACGCGCCUAUUCACCGACGAAAUACCGAUCGACGCGGCAGAGAGAGAAAUCAAGGACGAGAGGAACGCACGCGCCGGCCCCACCUACAGAGUCGAGGUCCCACUGGACUGCCCUGGUUUCACCCUGACCGGAACAUGCCCCACGAACUACCCGACAACUUCUCCUUCGUCAUCAGCUGACCGUCCCCCGUCCAAAACCUGCCCGGAGUUCUUCCGGUGGAUCCACGAGGACCUCCGUCCCUGGGCCCGCACCGGCAUCACGAGGGAGACGCUCGAGAGGGCCAAAACGACGGCGAAUUUCCGGCUCGUCGUAAUCAAAGGCCGAGCCUACGUCGAGACUUUCGAGAAAGGGUUCCAGACGAGGGACACUUUUACCCUGUGGGGGUUCCUACAGUUGCUCCGUAGGUACCCCGGCCAAGUCCCCGAUCUGGAGCUCAUGUUCGAUUGCGUCGACUGGCCGGUGAUCAAAUCGGCGGACUUCGCCGGACCCGAAUCUCCUCCUCCGCCGCCGCUGUUCCGGUACUGCGGCGACAACCAGACGCUUGACAUCGUCUUCCCCGAUUGGUCCUUUUGGGGAUGGGCGGAAAUCGACAUAAAGCCAUGGCAAAUGCUGCUACCAGAGCUGAAGGAAGGAAACACGAGGACCAAAUGGGAGAACAGGCAGCCCUACGCUUAUUGGAAGGGAAACCCUGACGUAGCGGAGACGAGAUUGGAUCUUAUGAAAUGUAAUGUCUCCGAGAAGCAGGAUUGGAACGCUAGGGUUUACAGGCAGGAUUGGUUCAAGGAGUCGCAACAAGGGUACAAGCAAUCUAGUCUGGCGAGUCAGUGCAUUCACAGGUACAAGAUUUACAUUGAGGGUUCGGCAUGGUCGGUGAGCCAGAAGUACAUUCUGGCGUGUGACUCCGUCACGUUGAUCGUAAACCCACAUUACUACGAUUUUUUCACGAGAGGGUUGAUGCCGGUCCGCCAUUUCUGGCCGGUCAAGGAGAAUGAUAAGUGCAGGUCGAUUAAGUUCGCCGUCGAUUGGGGGAACAGCCACAAGAGGAAGGCGCAGGCGAUUGGGAGGGCGGCGAGCAACUUCAUCCAGAACGACCUGAAAAUGGAGAAUGUGUACGACUACAUGUUCCACCUCCUGAACGAGUACGCCAAGCUGCUCAAGUUCAAGCCGGAGGUGCCGCGGAACGCCACGGAGCUCUGUUCCGAAGCCAUGGCUUGCGCUGCCGACGACCAGGGGUUUCAGAAGCAAUUCAUGAUGGAUUCACUGGUGAAGGGUCCAGCGGAGAGGGCUCCCUGCGCCAUGCCGCCGCCGUACGACCCUUCGUCGAUGUAUGCGGUUGUGAAGAAGAGGGAGAGCUCGAUGAAGAUUGUGGAUUUGUUGGAGAGGAGGUAUUGGGAGAAGCAGGGUCGUCGUCAGCAGAAGCCUUGAUUUAUAUAGAUUGUGAGAGAAUUCAAGGUUCUGCUUGGCUUGGUUGGUGUUUUCUUUGCUUGUGUUAUGUUUGUAUACACAACAGUUGUUUAAAGGGUAGAGUAUCUGGUGAUCAAAAGACACCAACAAGAUAUGAAGGUUAAUAAAGCGCAAACUAUUUG